GUUUGUCACUGAGUGAGAGCAAGACUCUGUCAUUGAGGGAGUUAGAGUUGUGAGCGGAGGAGAGCACACAGGUAGGGAAGAAGAAGAAGAAGGAGCGUCUGAUAUUAGAUCAGCUCCAGACCAAUCAUCUGACCCAGUAAAAGCCCACAGACCAACAUCACAGCAACAUCAUUCAACCACAGAAAGAUGAAGCUUCUUCUGAAGAGAAAAUCACCCUGGUUUACUUAAGUCACCUACUGGAUUGUGUUUCUGAAAGCUUUAGAGGCCAGAGGCCAGUUCUUGAAGACCCUACAGGACAUCAGCUUGAGACUAACAGUGAUGGGUUUACAGGGUCAAAGACUGGCCUGGACCUUGCUUCCAGUGCUCCUGCUGGGAGUGACCUGCUCAUCACAUGGCUCCCUUGUUAAAGUCAACAAGGGCUUAAAGGUGAAACGGGGUCAAUCAGCCUACCUCCAGGAGAGUGACCUGCAGUUCCAUAUUCCCCAUCAGAAGGAUGCGUGCAAGCUGGAGGUGGUGUUAAAUGAGCCCAUAACUCAACGAGUAGGAAAACUCAUGCCUCAGGUAUUUGACUGUCACUAUCUGGCUGAUACGGUAAAGUACAUCCAUAACGGCUGUCCAUUGUUAAAGGAGGACACUGUCAAGCUUCGACUGUACAGGUUCACAGAGACAGAGACAUACAUGGAGGUGUUUUCUUUCCAUGUCGACAUUAUGGAACCUGAAUGCAGCAUCAUAAAGCUGGGGCCCAAAGCCCUGGAGGUUCCUGAAUUCUAUGGCCUCUCUGGUGCUGUGGAUGGCAACGUGGUGUCCUUCCACUAUGAGCGGAGGUCAAGCCUGGAGUGUAGCAUCCAUCUGAGUAGCCAUGACACCCACCUGCCAGCCCACGGCCAGCUGGUCACUGGAGAGCCAGAGAAAGCUAUGACAAGAGGGGAUGAGCCAGAAAGCUUUAUCCACCUACGCCAGCAGCUAGAUAAUAAAGCCAGAGCAAUGUGUAAAUCCGAAGACUGCCUGAGGGGUCUGAAGCUGGUGAAGUUCACCAAAAUUCCCUGUGAUGACUUCUUGGUGAUGGGACUGAGGUAUCAGCACAUAGACCCCCCAUCUCCAGACAUAGACUACAUCGCAAUCCGACUGGAUCUCAAGGACACCAGGAGUGGCAGCAUGUAUCAGUCUGAACAGGCCUGGAUUCCAGUGCGGAUAGUCGAUGCAAUGCCCAACCAGCCACCCAAACCGUCCUUCAUGUCCAUGUUUAUCCUGGAGGUGGACCAGUUCAUCCUCACUCCACUCUCCACCGCUACACUAGACACUGAAGAUGAGGAAACUCCAAAACAGCUCUUGGUUUUCAACAUCACCAAACCGCCUGCAGAUGGCUUCAUCACCCAUCUGUCCGAUCAUACUCGCCCGGUCUCCUCCUUUACAUGGCUCGAUCUCAAUGACAUGCUCAUUGGGUACCAACCUCCGAACUCCUCACAUACCCAACGCAGGAAUUAUGAGGUGGAAUUUGAGGUUCAUGAUUUUUUCUUUGAGAAGAGCCCAUCAAUGACUGUCCACAUGUCUGUGAGGAAUGCAGACACGAAUGCACCCAGGGUGUCUUGGAACAUGGGUCUCAGUCUGUUAGAGGGUCAGUCUCGGCCAAUAGUGUGGGAGCAGCUCCAGAUUGUGGACAAUGACAACCUGAAUGCUGUUCGUAUCAUCACUGUGGAUGGCCUGCAGCAUGGACGGCUCACUGUCAGAGGUGGAAAGGGCUUCAUGUUUACUGUCAAUGACAUCAAAGCGGGCGUGGUUCGCUAUCACCAUGAUGACAGUGACUCCACCAAAGACUUUAUCAUCUUCCGCAUUACUGACGGCCGCCAUCAGACUCGACAUAAGUUCCCCAUCAAGAUCCUGCCUAAGGACGACAGCCCGCCGUUCCUCAUCACCAAUAUGCUGCUGGAGGUGUCUGAGGGCCAGAUGACUUUACUGAGAGGCUCCACCCUCCAGGCUUCAGACAUGGACUCCAGCAAUGACUACAUCCUCUUUAACAUCACCCGCCCUCCACAGGCAGGAGAGGUCAUGAAGAUGCCAACAUCGGGGCUCACAGGUUAUCCUGUCAGCCACUUUCUGCAGAAAGACCUGUCGCAGUCCAUGGUUUACUAUCGACACCUAGGAAACGAAGUGUUUGAUGACUCCUUUGAGGUGGUGCUGUCAGAUUUCCAUGACCCUCCCAACUUGUCAGAGCCUCAAGUGGUGAUGGUGCACAUAGACCCUGUUCCAGACCAACCACCUAAAGAGGUUCCUGGUUCCAGUAGGUGUCUUGUGAUCAAAGAAACAGAAGUGGUACAUAUAACACGGCAACAGCUUCACUUCGUAGACCAGGAGUCCCCAGACAGUGAACUUACAUAUACGGUUACUACUCCACCUUUCUACACUGGUCUCCACAGCAGUCCUGAUGCUGGCAGGUUGUUCUUAGUCGACAGCAUACCCAAAUUCACCAAAGACUCCAACGCGCCAGUGCUGAGACUCUUCACACAGCAUGCAGUGAACUUCAUGAAGGUAGCCUACAUGCCUCCAGUCAUGGACAUCGGCCCUUACCCCCAGUAUAUCCAGUUUGUUCUCUCUGUAACCAACCACCUGGGCAAGACAGUCACUGGGAUCUGCUUUAACAUAACAGUAAUGCCAGUGGACAACCAGCCACCACAGGUUUUUACCAACCAUCUGACUGUGGAUGAGGGAGGGGAGUGCACGCUUGGCCCUGAACACUUGCUGCUGUCAGACGUGGACUCCAAGGAAGAAGCCUUGUGCAUGGAGCUUCAGAGGGAACCACAGCAUGGAGCUCUGCAGCUAGAUGGCCUCCCACUGAAACCAGGCCACACUUUCACUGUGCAAGACCUGAAAAGCCUUAAAGUUAGGUACAAUCACGACAGCUCAGAAACCAUAGAGGACUACAUUGAAUUCAUUGCAACAGAUGGCACCAAUUCCGUCAGUUUUGUCCUGCAAGUGAAGGUGAUGCCUAUCAACGAUGAAGUCCCUGUGUUGGUUGCUGGUUUAAAACCAGUUCUCAGCUGUGCAGAGGGACAGGAAAUAGUCAUCACCGCUGAGUAUAUCUAUGCGACUGAUGCUGACAGCGACAACAGCAGCCUGGCCUUCCUGAUAGCGCGGCAGCCAUAUCAUGGUGUGGUGCUCCGAAACUCAGUUGUAGUGGAUCGCUUCAUCCAGGCAGACAUCACUGCAGGGAUCAUCACCUACAAACACACAGGACUAGAGAUCGGACUCACUCCUCGCCAUGACACCAUCACCUUUGUUAUUUCUGACGGAGAAACAGAAAACUCUCCUCUAUGCUGUGUUGAAGAAAAUCCCUUCAGGACCAGAGACAUGACUCGGCUUCGUGACAGUCUGCCUGUGUAUGACCUCCACAUCACAGUGUUUCCAGUCGACAGCCAACCACCUUCUCUAACAACAGGAGACAUCUUUACGGUGGAUGAAGGUGGGUCUGCCCCGAUCACUGCAUCUCAUUUGAAGGCCUCAGACGUGGACACUGUCCUGGACAAACUGGUGGUCAGUCUGAUAUCUCCACCCCAGUUUGGCUACAUUGAAAAUGUCCUGCCCAGUCCUGGCUUUGAGAAAAGCAACACAGGCAUAAGCAUAGCUUCCUUUUCAUACAAAGACAUCAUUGACAGUAAUGUGAACUACGUCCAGUCCAGACACCAGAGGAUGGAGCCCACAGCUGAUCAGUUCAUGCUCUGUGUAUCAGACGGCAAACGAAACUCUGCCCAUGUUCCCUUCUACAUUAUUAUUAACCCGACAAAUGAUGAGAUCCCACAGUUUGUGACUCGGAACAUCACAGUACAAGAAGGAGAAAUGAAGCAGCUGGACUCAUCAGUUCUACAUGCGAUGGAUCUGGAUGUCCCCAAGAACAACCUGCUCUUCAGUGUGGUCAAAGCUCCGCAGCAUGGCAGCAUCAUCAGCCACAGCAGUGAAACACCAGUCCACACAAGACGAGAGACCAGUCCUCAAUCCCCUGUGGCCGACUUUACAAUGACAGAUCUUUCAAAUGGUAUGGAUCUGAUGUACAUGCACGAUGACUCAGAGAAUAUGGAAGACAGUUUUACAAUCCAGUUGUCUGAUGGCAUGCACCAACUCCAGAGACAAGUGAUGGUGAAAGUGCUGCCAGUCAAUGAUGAGGAGCCUCAUGUCAUCAGAAACAAUGGACUGCAGGUGGAGCCAGGAGAAGUCAGGCUCAUCUCCAGUGUUACACUGUUUGCACAGGACAGUGACACCCCUUCCUCAGAGGUCAUGUACAUGUUUGAGACUGUUCCUACACAAGGACUUCUCCAGCUUAAGGAAGCUCAGGACUGGGUGACACUGACAGUGGGGAGAAACUGCACCCAGGAGAUGGUGGACCUGAACCUUCUGCGCUACGUGCACACGGGUCAACACGGUGCUAAAACACAGGACUUUUUUGUCUUCUACUUGUUAGAUGGAAAGAAUCAAUCACCCCCACAGCACUUCUACAUCUCUGUCAAAGAUCUGGAGAAAGGAAACAUUGCCCUCUUUGUGAAGCCAGUGAACGUGAGCUGUGGAGAUCGUGUGGUUCUCACAACAGAUGUGCUGCUGGCCACAGAUGGCACGGAAAAGCCAGAAGAGCUUCUGUUUAUCAUCAUCAGCCCUCCUGCUCAUGGACACAUAGAGUACAUUAAACAUCCUGGACUGGCCAUCUCAACCUUCAGCCAGAUGGACAUAGCAGCCAACCUUGUGGCUUACGUGCAUGACAACCGAGCAGUCGCACCCAAAGAAAGCAUUCAGUUUGUGGUGAGUAAUGGUAAAACCAGCCGAAAUGGAAGCUUUGAGAUUGCCGUGGAAAUGGUGGAUCGCGUCCUGCCCUCUCUGUCCUCCAAUAAAGGCCUCUCAGUCCCACAAGGCUCCACCAUGAUCCUGGGUCCUGACUGUCUGCUCAUGUCCGACCCUGACACUCCACCAAGCGCCCUGACCUUCGUCCUUCUCCAGCCUCCACAGUAUGGCAGGCUGCUUUUAGGCGGUAGCACACUGACUGCUGGCUCAACCUUCACCCAGAAAGACAUACAAGAGUUGGACAUAACAUAUAAACAUGAUGGGGGACCAUCACAGAUUGACAGAUUUGCCUUUACUGCCUCUGAUAGCACCAGUCGGGGUUUCCUGCUGGAUGGGCAGUUACAAACAGAACCUAUGUUCUUCACCAUUCAGAUCAAGCCUUUGGAUAAGUCAUGUCCUGAGGUAGUGAAACUGCUUCCUCUUUGGAAAGCAGAGCGUUUAGGUGACGGACGAUACGGGAUCUUUUUGUCAUCUCGUGAGCUGAAGGCCCAAGACAGUGAUAGCAGAGAAGAGGAGCUGAUAUUCUGCAUUGUCCGCCAGCCCUACUUUGGCUACCUAGAAAACAUCACUACAGGUGGUUUUGUACCACAGCACUUCUCUCAGAUGGAGCUAAACAAGAGAACUAUUGCCUACAUCAUCAACCCAGACAGGGAGUCUCUGUCAGACAGCCUGGAAUUCACAGUGUCUGAUCCUUUGGGGAACAGUGGGCCCGCUCACAGACUAGAAUUCAGCUGGUCCAGCGUGGAGCUGUCUCAGCCUGAGUACUCUGUGUGUGAGGAGCAGGGAACAAUCUCACUAGACAUCAUCCGAAGAGGAAACCUGGCAGAGUCUGCAUAUAUCACUGUCAAGGUGCAGGACGUGACAACGACAGCUGGAAAAGACUUCCUCAUAAACCCUUCUUUUCUCAUUCAGUUUGAUCCAGGAGUGUCAAAGAGGAGCUGGCAAAUUGAGAUCAUUCAGGAUCACCUUGAGGAGGCUGAGGAGAUGUUUGAAGUGCUGCUGGUCUCCCCUGAAGGCAUGGUGAUCGGUAGCAUCAACAAGGCUGAGGUCACCAUCACGGACUCUGGUGGAGGAGAGCACAGGCUGAAAGAGGAUCGGGAGGCUCCUGUCCUCGGAGGAAAAGAGAUCCGGUCAGACACGUACCCCCAGCAUGGAUCCAUUCAACUAGAGAAACUGCCCCUUGGUACUGAAUCAGUAAUCUGGACCCGUGGAGACAGCAUCUCCAGACCUAAAGCAGAUGUCCCAAAAAAGAAAAUCAAAGUUGUAGGCAACCCAAAGCCUAUUGCACCUUCAUCGGUUUUUCACAACGGGACAGACAUUGUUUACACGUAUCACGGCAUCAUGCAAAUGCAAGUAGAGGACGACACCUCCCCAUCGAGGAAGAGCAGAAAGGCAAACGUCCAAGUGGUUAGCAGGGGAGCACGGCAGCAGGUGUCAGCUGUGUUUACUAAGUCAAAGUCACAUCCUCAAAGAAAGAUGUCAAAACCUCAAAAAACAGCACAGACUAAAGGACUUGUUACAGCUGAUAACUCCAUACCCAAGCCCUGUGUGCCAGAACUGAUGGGACUGCUGCAUUUCAACCAGACCACCAAUCAGCUCUUUCACUGCAACGGUGUCUCCUGGAAACCCUGGGCACCAACUGACCAGAUGGUGAGUGCUCAGAUGUGUCCUCAGGGCUGGACCUUUCAUCGUGGCUACUGUUACACCCUCAGCACUGAGCACAAGGUGUCAUGGAGCACAGCUAAUAGGGCCUGCAGGGAGAGAUAUAAAGGCACUCUAGCAAGUGUUCUCUCUAAAGUGGACAUGGACUGGCUGUGGGACUUCAGUGGAAGAAAACCAUUUUGGAUAGGCCUGAAUGACAGGGACGGCCGAGGAUACUGGGAGUGGGCAGGCGGUGAGCCGGUCAGCUACACUAACUGGAGAAAGACGCCCCCUCGGUCCAAAAUGAAGGGAAGCAAAAAGUGUGUCCUGGUAUGGAGAAGAGCAAAGUGGCAAAUCAGGGACUGCAAAACGAGCAGAGGUCAUUGCUUUGUGUGUUCAAUCAGAACUUGAAUUAGAAAGCCAUGAGCCACUGUGUUCUCUCAGUAGGAGGAAGGACUGAUCCUCGGGACAUUUAAUCUGCAGUACCAGAAAACAUCUAAUAAGGAUCAAAGGGAACUUUGCUGGAACUAUUUAUAUCAUUUAUAAUGAGCUGAGUGACAGUUAUUGUGCCUAAAAAGUAACUUGCAACACUAAGUGGCAUUGUUUACACUGCAUUUAUACUAAUUAACCACUAAAAGUAUUGUUGUAUAUGUAAAGCUCACAAGAGAUUUUUUCAAAUGUAUUUAGUGUAUUUGCCUUUUUUCCAACGGAACCAAGGCUGGAUUACCAACAGGGUCUCUUGUCCACCAGGGGUCCUGAAAGCCCCAGAUUCACUGUGUGUACUCACUGUACAAAUAAUUUAGUGAAUCUAUUUGUUGAUAUUGUUCUUUGUGCAAAUUUCCUACAGGUCAUGCAACAUUACCUGAGGCAGUCUGUGCCCAAAUCUGGAAUGCAGACUUUUAUUAUUUAGAUGUAUAUUGUGUUUGCAUUGUGCAUAUUCCUAAAUUAAUUUGUGUUUAAUCAGAUUACAACGACCUAACUGACACAGCCUUCCAGCAAAAGAAUAUUGUCUCGUUUCCAUGUCUACAGGCAAAAUAUAGUGAAAAUGCUAUUUGUAGUCUGCUGUGUGUGCUGUAUUUGAUAGGAAUUUGGAGAUGAUGGUGCUCAUAUACAGUGCACAGACAGCAGUGGUAUUGGUGGGGAGUAUGGCUGGGUAUCAGCACUUGGUGCCCUUAAGGACCAAAGUAACCCAGUACCAAGUAGUGUCAAAACUUUGCCAGUCAAACGAUACCUAAAUUCGACCUGUUUUAUAGCCAGAUCUAAAGAAAAAAAAGACUCGCAGCCAAUCACAGCGAACAUUCUUUCAUUUAAUGCAAUGUGUGAUUGGCCCACUACCGCAGCAGCUUCAACCAGAGAUGGGACAGAGUCGUUGUUUUGCCACAAGUAAUAGUCUCAAGUCUUUGCACUGAAGUCCCAGGUCAAGUCCCACUCAAAACUGACAAGUCCCAAGUCAAGUCCCAAGUCCUAAACUUUGAGUUUCGAGUCCCCAAAAAGGUCAUGAUGCGAUUUUCAUUCAAUUCAGUUCAAUUCAGUUUUAUUCAUAAAGCCCAAUAUCACAUCACAAUUUGCCUUAGAGGGCUUUACAGCAUGCAACAUCCCUCUGUUCUUCGGACCCUCACAGCAGAUAAGGAAAAACUCCCCAAAAAGUUCAUCAAAUGUAAUGCCAUUUUAACAACAGAGUAAUAAUGUUGGCUAAGCAGUUUGAUAACUGUGUUAAUAUUAUGUUAAUAUUAGCCUCCGCUUACUGUUUUUUGUGCAGCUUCAAAUUGUUGGAUUUGUUUGUUGGAGUUGUUGCAUAUCUGUCUGUUAUUCUUGACCAGCACAUUUGCAUAUUGCAAAUGGUUUUUUUUUUGUUUUUUUUUGGACCACUGCUUGGUUUUUGUAUACAAACAUACUUUUAAAUUUUUGGAUGUGGGGAAAUGUAUGAAGUAUUUAGAAGGUCAAAAGGCUCAAGUCCAAGUGAUUUCACAAGUCACUGGGGUAAAGUUGUAGUCGAGUUGCAAGUCUUUUUUGAUUUUGUCAAGUCAGGUGUAAAGUCAAAUUUGUGACUCGAGUCUAACAUAAGUCCAAGUCAUGUGACUCAGGUCCACACCUGUGGCUUCAAUCCAUACAGCCUGGGGUGUGGUGAAGUUGAGAAUGGUGUAUAUGACAGAGUUGACAAUUCAGCUUGCCGAAAUGCCACCAAAACGUUUGACAGUAUAGCUAUACUUCACCCUUGUGGUGUACCACGUUGGUACCUGAUGGGUUACCUGCAAAAAGGUUUAUAUAAAUGUAUAUAUACAUAUAUAGCCACGAGCACGGUUAAAAAUGAAAUACACCCAGGUGGGCAGUGGAUGAGAGCAAAAAUAUAUUUCAGUCAAGACCACUUUAGUCAAAAAAAAAAAACCCAACACAACUUUAUUUGCAUUUGCAGUAUUAGAUAUGGUGGUACAGUAUGGCUCUGUUCUCCAGCCUCUCUGCCUUUCCUUGUACCUAUGCAGAAAGCGUAAGGCGGAGAGAGCACACCUCUCUGCCCUUCCAUGUGCAUACAAGGACAGCCUGAGGUUUUAUGGUGGUGGAAGGAGCAUGCUUAAAUGUUUCCUAACCUGGCAGUGACUGUGUGGAAUGUUUUCGCCAUCCUGGCAUCAAGCGCAGCCAGUGAAAGAGACUUUUCCUCUGCUGGAUUUGUAAUUCAAGAAUGGAGAACCCAGCUUAAUGUGAGUGACUGAAAGGUGCGGCUAGCCCGGUAACGGGUUGGCUCUGGUACUGAGCUAUACGGGUAUGGGCGGGUUCUCAUUAUUCCAGUAAUAGACAUGUUAAUUUGGCACUCUAAACUGAAAAAAAAAACCCAUCAAAAUAAAUGCCAAGAUAAAAUUCUAAUCGAUUUGUGUAAAUUAGCCUGUCAUGGUAUAUUUUAUACAAUCAGCUCAUAUGUUUUUUCAUUUAUACAGUGUGUUGGAUUCCAUUUAAAAAUGGACUAAUUUAAUAAGCUGUAGAGAUGUUCCUUGCAGUAUUUACACACAGAAUUAAAUCAGUAUUUGUGAGAGCUCCUACAGUGUGAUUUCAGACAACAGACUUGAGUCUAUGAUGUUUCCUGUAAUUGAGCAAAGUCAGUCUGUGAACAUCUACUCCAAAAUGAGCUCAUAACAGAGGUAAUGUUUUUUCCUCAGUUCAUUGAUAAGCCUUUGACUAUGAUCAUCAGCAAGCCACCUGUCUAUGGGUACAGUAAAACAAGACUUAAAGCUGACAUUUCUUCUCUGUUAAUAAGCCGGUAUUGUUGUUUUCCCCUUUUUGAGAAUUCAACACUAUCAAUGCUAUUUAGAUCUGGUCCAGUGGGUCCUCCCAAACACAAGGUUUAGCAGCAAUGUGAUUAUCCCCAUCAUGUGAUCUACAGCCGGAGUAUGAAAGAGAGCCUUUUAUAUGAGCUGGAAGCAGUUCUCUGAGGUUUGCAUGCCCUGAAAGAUACAGCAGAUCCUCUUCAGCUUGGUAAGUCCAACUAAAACAGCGUAUGCUGUAUCUAGAUUCAUAUUUGAGUGUUUCACAAAGUAGCAGGACAACCUGAAAUAUGUGUGUAGUUUAAAAUGAGUGCAUAUUAUGGUUGAAUACUGUAAAUGAUGAUGCAUGUUCUUUGGUGCACUAGAUGGUCAGGGGGAGUUUUGAGACAGUCAUACUUUGAUAAUUUACCAUACUGUUGAAUGGACUACUUUGCUAGUAAUUUAGUGCAUUAGAAGCUUCUCACCUUACAGUGUAUCUGCAGUCAUGGGCCAUGAAAAAGACAGUAAAAUAUUUUCAUACAAAAGGCAGCCCUAUUUUGAAUAACCUUAACCUUAAUAUCAAUGCCUCUCUGUGUUUAAUGCACAUUAUAACCCAUAAUACGUAUUAGAAUAAAGAAGGCUUUCAGGUGACAUAACACACACUGUAGCUACAGUUUUGUAGGUCAACACAUUCUGGUCUUAGUGGCUGUGAUGAGGUCAUUAUUUUCUGUGCUGCUAUAACUGAAACAUUUUCUCUCUCUCACUUCUGAUUUAUGUGAGCAUUUUAUGUUAAGAUGAUGUCACCAUGUCAGCUAGCUAACCAUAGUAUAACCAUUAAAC